AGUCCGUAGAAUGACGUCUUCUAUAUCUUCGAUCGUUCAGCAGCCGCAGUCGCAGUCGCAGCAGUUUCAGCAGCUGCCGCAGUCGCAGCAGUUUCAGCACCCCUUCUAUAUCUUCGAUCGUUCCCCUGCUCAGCAACAACAACAGCAGUAUCAGCAACCACAGCAAGUACAGCAACAGCAACAGCAACAACAACAGCAGCAACAACAACAACAACAACAACAGCAACAGCAACAGCAACAACAGCAACAGCCAGGCAUUGUUUUUCAGCCUCCGAAUUUACUUAACAAUACUCAGAUCAAGACAACCGUACCUUUUAAUGCGAACGGGUGCUGCGACGGCGACGGCGGCGGCGGCGGCGGCGGCGGCGGCAGCGACAACGACGGCUGCAGCGGCGGCAGAGGCGGUGGAGGGGGGGACUGGGGAGGGGACGCCAGGGGAGGGGGGGCCGGCGAGGACUAAACAGGAGGGCCACCAGAGUCAGAAG